CAGAAAUGAAAUCCAAGUUCCCAAUUACCCCUGUAGGCUGUAGAUUCAUGGGCGAUCUCUGUUGGUGAAGUUGAAGUUGGGAAUCCGAGACCAUCCCUGUUUGAUUUGAUUUGAUUGAGGUAUUGGCUGCCUCUGUAGUGUAUUGUAGCGUAUAGUAUCUCUGUUCGUUACUUCUAAAUAGAAAAGAAAAAAGCAUCUGUGUUCGUUGACGCUUCCGCAGUUUCCUUAACUUGAAGCCAUCACAACCAAUUCUGUGUUAGAAGGUGGCCGCACCGGGACGCCAUGGCUAGCCGGAACGUUGUCGUCUGCGACAAUGGCACUGGGUACGUGAAAUGUGGAUUUGCGGGAGAGAAUUUUCCCACUUCUGUAUUUCCAUGUGUGGUGGGAAGGCCACUGCUUCGCUAUGAGGAAUCGCUCAUCGAACAAGAGUUGAAGGACAUUGUUGUUGGAGAAAGCUGUGCAGAUCUGCGUCAUCAACUUGAUAUAACUUAUCCAGUUCACAAUGGUAUUGUACAAAAUUGGGAUGAUAUGUGUCAUGUAUGGGACCAUGCAUUUUUCAACGAACUUAAGNUAGAUCCAAAAGAAUGUAAAAUUUUGCUUACAGAUCCACCUCUCAAUCCUUCAAAGAACCGUGAACAAAUGGUUGAGACCAUGUUUGAGAAGUACAACUUUGCUGGCGUUUUCAUCCAAAUCCAAGCAGUUCUAACUCUGUAUGCUCAAGGAUUACUGACUGGGUUAGUCAUUGACUCUGGUGAUGGUGUCACUCACGUGGUUCCAGUAGUUGAUGGUUACUCAUUUCCUCAUCUUACAAAAAGAAUGAAUGUAGCAGGGCGACACAUAACUUCAUAUCUUGUUGAUUUACUCUCACGGAGAGGGUAUGCGAUGAAUAGGUCUGCUGACUUCGAGACUGUUAGGGAAAUCAAGGAGAAGUUAUGCUAUAUAAGUUACGAUUACAAGAGGGAAUAUCAAUUGGGACUUGAGACCACCAUUCUUGUCAAGAACUAUACUCUUCCAGAUGGAAGGGUGAUUAAAGUUGGCACUGAACGUUUUCAAGCUCCUGAGGCGCUCUUUACUCCAGAACUGAUAGAUGUUGAAGGGGAUGGCAUGGCAGAUAUGGUUUUUCGCUGCAUUCAAGAAAUGGACAUUGAUAAUCGGAUGGUGCUUUACCAGCAUAUAGUUUUAAGUGGCGGGAGCACAAUGUAUCCAGGACUACCUAGUCGUUUGGAGAAAGAAAUACUUGAUCGCUAUCUUGAAGUUGUCUUGAAGGGAAACAAAGAUGGUUUAAAGAAAUUGAGAUUGCGGAUAGAGGAUCCACCCAGAAGAAAGCAUAUGGUGUAUCUAGGUGGUGCAGUCCUGGCAGGAAUAAUGAAGGAUGCACCUGAAUUUUGGAUCAGCAGGGAAGAUUAUCUAGAAGAAGGUGUUGCUUGUCUAAGCAAGUGUGGUCAGGCAUGACUUUUUGGGGAUCAGUUGCCUUCUAAGAUUGCUCCUCAGAGGAUAAUGGGAAUAUAUUAUAUCUACACUUUUAUCACUUAGCAUAUGAAGAAGACAAGGUUGAUUACGGGAUAAAAUGGAAGGAUCGAACCUGAUUAUGAAAAUUAUAUAGUUAGCUACUUCCCACUUUCUUAUUUCCUUUAGUUUCAGCAACUGGGUUGUAGCUUCUGAUUGUGAAGAUACUGUCUACUUUGGUCUAAUCAUACAUGGUUUCAUUCGUGAGACUCUACCCGUAGAAGUAGAUGCUAUCAUUACUUAUAUACCUAUCAUCUUUUUCUAUGUACUACUAUAUUUGCAUACUAUUACUUAUUCGAAUAAUAGAUUUUUCAUAUCACUACAAUGGUAUGAUA